AUGGGUCCCGAAUUUGAAAAGGGUAAUUCCCAGGAAAACUCCUCGCUCUUUGGGAAGCUGCCCCCGGAACUCAGGCGCCAAAUUUUCAUCUACCUCUUUGGAGAGUCAGUCGUGCAUAUCAAGUUUCAUCAAAGCAAGGAUCAGUUCAAACGCGAGGGUCGCCCUAAUCCUUCAAAGGUCCCGGGAUGGUGUCACUGCGUCUGCAGAAAAGGCAGGGGAGCUCUUGUGCAUCGACAUUCAGAAAAAGACCACAAAUGGUGUUACCUUUCUGCGAACGUUAUGUUCACCUGCAAGUGGGCCUUUCAAAGCGGCCUCCAUGUGCUCUAUGGUACCAACCACUUCAUGUUCGAUGAUCUGCAAGAUUAUACCAUGUUCAGCUCUUGGGUUACCACCAAGCAAAAGUAUAUCAAGUGUCUCAAAUUAUACCUCCGGCACAACCAUUACGACAGCUAUUAUGUUGACUUCUACCGACUUACAGCUCUGAUGCCCCUCACCUCACUCAAAAAAGACUUGGAGGUCCGAGUCGACAUACAGCACCUCAUAUUCAACGAUAAUGAUGGCUAUUUUGACUUUGAUGUCGCGGACAAGAUGUUGGACAGGGUGAAAGAGUUUCUGUAUGCUCUGGACGAAAGCUCGGUGUCGAUGCUUGAACUUUGGCUGCCGGGGAUAUUGGGGAUGUUUGUGGAAAGGGAGAAAGAACGUGAAUGGUAUCCUUGGCAAAAGACUUUCUGCCAGUUCGAACACGAACCCGAAGGCAAUUCUGAGGAAGAAGGCCCAGAGUCUGAUGACGAGAAUUACGGCCUCGUCGUAUUUCCCACGCGAGGGAACUUCUAA